AUGCCCAAGUCCUUCGUCUUCGUCACCGGAAACGCGAACAAGCUGCGCGAGGUGCGCGAGAUCCUCCAGACGGGCGGGAGCGGGAUCGAGUGCACGAAUGCGGCUGUGGAUGUCCCCGAACUCCAGGGCACGACGCAGGAGGUCGCCAAGGCCAAGUGCGCUGCUGCCGCCAAGGCGCUGAACGCCCCUUGCGUGACGGAGGACACGGCGCUGUGCUUUGAGGCCCUUGGCGGGCUGCCUGGGCCGUACAUCAAGGAUUUCCUGGGUACUGUUGGGCAUGAUGCAUCUCCUAGUGAGGGUAGAUUCACGCGACGGCAUUCUCUCAGCUUCGACAAGUAUGCCGGUCAAGCUAACAACGCAGGCCUGAACAAGAUGCUCGUCGGGUUCAACAACACGAACGCGCACGCGCUGUGCACCUUCGCCUACUGCGCCGGACCGGGGGAGGAGCCCAUCCUCUUCGAGGGCCGGACGGACGGGGACAUUGUGCCCGCGCGCGGGCCCAGCAACUUCGGCUGGGACCCCGUGUUCCAGCCCAAGGAGGGCGGGGGCAAGACGUACGCCGAGAUGGAGAGCGCGGAGAAGAACAAGAUCUCUCACCGGUACCGCGCCCUCGAGAAGCUCAAGGAUUACCUGAGCCAGUAG